CAAGAUGGCGGCCGUCAGACUGACUUUAAACUUUUCUUGUUUUUUGCUCGAGUGUCUUGUUAAGAUUUAGAAGACUUUCUGAAAUAAUUAAGAAGUCACUGAGUGAUUAUUAUAUACGUACUAAAUUAUAUGUACAUAUCUUGUUUAUUUUUAUUUAUUUGUAAAUAAAGUGUGCAUUGUUAUUUUAUUUACCAGCCCAUUGCUAGCCUGUUAGCUGUUUACAUGCUAGCCUGGCUAAUCCCGCGAGCUGUGUAAAUCAGUGCACAUCCUGUAUCUGAUCAAUCCGCGCGCGCUACAGAAGAGAAUCGCGAGUCUGAGAUGGUCCCAUGUUUUUGGUGAAGCACUGCUAGCCGAUGUUACCAUAGGAACUACCUCUCAGCCAGACCAUGAUUGCACUCUGAGUACUCUUUAGGUACGAUAAAAUGUCCGCCGAGCUUUACGCUGCAAAGAAGCUGCCCCCGGCGGCAACGGCGGUGCAGCAGUACCAACAGCAGAACAUCAGCAACAAUAACACUGUUCAGGGCUGCAACUGGCAAGGACUCUAUCCCACCAUCAGAGAGAGAAAUGCAGUUAUGUUUAACAACGAGCUGAUAGCGGACGUGCACUUCGUGGUCGGUCCUCCUGGGGGAACGCAAAGAGUACCGGGGCACAAGUACAUCCUGGCUGUUGGGAGCUCUGUGUUCUACGCCAUGUUUUACGGGGAGCUGGCCGAGGACAAGGACGAGAUCCGCAUUCCGGACGUCGAGCCGCAUUCUUUCCUGGCCAUGCUCAAAUACAUCUACUGCGAUGAGAUCGACCUGUGCGCAGAUACCGUCCUGGCCACGCUGUACGCCGCCAAGAAGUACAUGGUCCCGCACCUGGCGCGCGCCUGCGUGGCGUUCCUGGAGACCAGCCUGAGCGCUCGCAACGCCUGCGUGCUCCUGUCGCAGAGCUGCCUGUUUGAGGAGCCAGAGCUGACGCGCCGCUGCUGGCAGGUGAUCGACGCCCAGGCCGAGCUCGCGCUCCGCUCCGAUGCCUUCUGCGACAUCGACUUGCGCACGCUGGAAAGCAUCCUCCGGCGCGAGACGCUCAACGCAAGUGAGACGGUCGUUCUGGAGGCGGCGCUCAGCUGGGCCGAGGCUGAGUGCCAGCGCCGUGAACUGCAGCCCAGCGUUGAGAACAAGAGGCUGGUGCUGGGGGACGCCCUGUACCUCAUUCGUGUCCCAGCCAUGUCGCUGGACGAGUUCGCGAACGGUGCGGCGCAGUGCGGCUUGCUCACGCUGGCCGAGACUAACGCCGUUUUCCUGUGGCACACGGCGGCUAACAAACCCGAGCUGCCCUUCGUCAGCCAGCCGAGGAAAGGCCUGACGCCGCAGCGCUGCCACCGCUUCCAGUCCUGCGCUUACCGCAGCAACCAGUGGCGCUACCGCGGGCGCUGCGACAGCAUCCAGUUCGCCGUGGACAGGCGCGUCUUCAUUGCCGGCUUCGGUCUGUACGGCUCCAGCUGCGGCUCGGCCGAGUACCAGGCCAAGAUCGAGCUCAAGAGGCAGGGCGGGACGCUGGGCCUCGCCGUCGUCAAGUACUUCUCGGACGGCUCCAGCGGCACGUUCCCGGUCUUUUUCGAGCACCCGGUGCAGGUAGAGCCCGACACAUUCUACACCGCCAGCGUGGUGCUGGAUGGCAACGAGCUUAGCUACUUCGGCCAAGAAGGGAUGACCGAGGUGCAGUGCGGGAAGGUUACCUUCCAGUUCCAGUGCUCCUCGGACAGUACCAACGGCACUGGAGUGCAGGGGGGUCAGAUACCCGAGCUCAUAUUUUAUGCCUGACAGACCAUCCUCCCUCUCACCCCCCCAGAUCCCCCUCGAGUUUGUACAGAUUAACCUCGUUGUCGACAGGCAGGGCGUCGCUGUUUACACUCGCAGUGUGAUGGCAGAGUUUCUGUCAUUGUCUGCUGAAAUUGCUGAGAACGUCUGGUUUUUGAUUUUAAAUUCCGAGUGCCAACUCGCAAGCGUUACAGAGUUACUAGCAUGACAAUCACCCUCAUCACCACAACCUGGGCGGACAAAACUACGUUUUAACCAUAACACACGAUUGCCUUAUCGUCCUCGCGCAUUCUAACACCAGGAACCGACUCUUCUGUCUCGUUCACCACCAUUCUUUAUUACUCCUAUUGACCGCCAUGACAUACGCUGGAAAGUGCACUCCUCUUAUCUCUCGACAUUAGACUACAAACACGGCUAGAUCAUGGCGUGACGUUCCAGGGAUUAAGUUCUGAUUAUCCUGGCCGUCCUUACCCUUUCGGAUAAUUCCUUCUUGUUCCAGGUUAAAGCACAACUGAUAAUCGCACAGAACUAUUUUGUUCGAUUUUUUUUUUUGUUAAUUUUUUCCCCCCAUCUCAAUAUUCAACCAGCGUCUUUACAUCUCCGACAUUUGUUUCUUUCCCAUGUAUAUUUUUGUGGAUUAGCUUUACUAGUACCAGAUGGACAGGGUUUUUAAUAUUAAUCACUGUAAAAUUCACCGUAGUGUCUGGAUCCAGGUUCUACAUGUCAGGUUCUGCGUCGUGCCUUGUGUUUCUGGUUUGCGAAAAAAAGAAAAGAAAGUAGUUCCUUAAUCCGAAGGUAGCUUUGGACUCAGAAGUAACGCUAACUUAAAGAGAGAGACAAAGUGUGAGGUCUUAAGUUGUAGCUGCUAGACCGGGCUCAGACGGAGAAAACAUCGCCCAUUAGUCACGUUUCUUUUUGUACACGUUAGAGGAAGGUAAGAACUAAAAGUGCUUUUAUUUUGUGAAACUGAUACUUGAUAUUUUUUUAUAUUCGGUGUUGUUUGUGUGUCCUGAUGUACAGUGUGUCCUGCAAACACUUGUCACUGUGGUUGAGCUUUCUCCCUUGCUGUUACUUUGUGAUUUAUAAUGAGUUCGGAUGUUUGUUUUUUUUUGGUCUGUUUUUGUAAGAGAAGGGCUUGACGAUGCGUCACGCUGCUCGUCACGUUGUUUUUUUAAUCUAUAAAUCUCACUCAUGCUCUGGUAUUUUCUGCUUGUACUGUAACUUUCUACCGGUGAAGAUGUUGCCGCUUGUUAUUGUUUCAUUCACUGUUCUUUUAGAGGAACACAAAAAAAAAAAAAUCACUUACUGCACCUUUUAAUCACAGUGAAGAUGCACAUGAUCUGAAAUAAAUCAUGAGUGAGAGUACUCACACACAAAUAA